UGCCGUAGAAAGGAAGGACUUGGUCGUCUUUUUGAGAUUAUUUAUUGGUCUCAAUCUCAAGAUAAUUGGUUAAAUCAAGGGCUUUUUGGCAAAGGUUGUGAUGGGUGACAUCCGUCAGUCUUUGCUGCCGCGAGAUGUGCUGAGUGCUGCCAAAGAGCUGCUGUACCACUUGGACAUCUACAUCUGUAACUUGGUGCAGUCGGGGAGGCAGCCUCCUCAGGUUGACUCUAAAACUUUGGAGCUGGUAGAAGAGUUCAUUCUGCAUGCACCCAAGGACAGAAAUACUCCAGCCAGGAGGAUGACUGCUGUCCAGGAGCUCCAGCUGUUGGAGAUCAUGUGCAGCUGCUUUCAGGAACAGAGCCGCGAUACAGUCCGCCAGCUCAUGUUCUCCGCCCUGUUUAGUCUCCAAGGCAACCAGGCCGAUGAAAACCGCAUGGCACUGCUAGGCAAGCUGGUCUCCAUGGCAGUUGCUGUAGGCAGGGUUCCUAUCUUGGAAUGUGCUGCAAGUUGGUUGCAGAGAACGCACCGUGUGUACUGCGUGCGCCUGGCACAGGUAUUGGUGGAUGACUAUUGCAGUAUGGUGCCGGGGUCGGUGCCCACCCUGCAGAACAUCCACAGCACCAGCCUGCGCUUCUGCUGCCAGUUCAUCACUGCUGUCACAACCCUCUAUGACCUCUCGUCAGAGUUGCUCACCCCUCCUUUAGAACUCCUCCAGAUGAUCGUAUCAUGGAUCCAGGAUGACCCUCACCUGGUGCUAAUCACGUUUCUCAACACGCCUCUGUCUGGCACCCAGCCAAUGGGCUCCCUCGAUGUUACACCAUUAGGGGGGUUAGUGCGAUGGUGCGUCAAAGCACCGCUGGCUUACAGGAGAGACAAGAAGCAGGUGCACAACGGCACCAGUGCUGAGAGUGGUCCAGACGCAAGACCUCUCUUCUCUGCACUUCACCUCAGCGUGUUACAGGUCUUCAUGCUGCUUCCAAACAUACUGAAAGAGAAAGGACUUUACGGUCGCCUGGCACUACUCCAAAUGGAGUCCUUGGCUGCCCUGACCUCUGACCUCUCCAGACUUUUUGACCAGUCUGACAAACAUGCACACACUUCAUCCUCUGAUACACACACUGCGCCCCAGUUGGCCCUGGACCGGCUGGCACAGGCCCUGCAAGUGGCCAUGGCCAACGGAGCCCUGCUGUGCUCCAGAGAGGAUCUGAGAGCCAUCUGUUCCCGCCUCCCCCACAACAAUUUGCUGCAGUUGGUGUUGUCGGGCCCAGUGAUGUAUUACAAUAACAUGCACACCCCUCCGCUGGCUUUCAGCCCACAUGCAUCUCAUUCCCCUCUGGCUUCACAUUCGGCACACCCUGUCCACACUCCACACACACCUUUGGCCCCCCACCCCUCCUCUCACCCACAGUACUCUGCUCAGCCGUUCAUGUCAGGGAUGCCGUUCCCCUACCGACCCAGCCACUGAAACAAGUCACGUUCAACGUGUGCACGUGUGUGUUGUGUGUCUGUGGAUGACGAGCGAUGCUGUUUGUGUGCUGUAUGUGUGGUUGCUGGUGUCAUGUACCAUAUGAUGUUUUUGAGCUGAUUUGUUUCUGGUAAA